UCAGCCGGCCGGCUGGCGCCCCCGCAGCACCUCCACCCGCACGCGCACCCCCUGGCGCCGUCCCGCCGCCAGCCCCCGCAGCCGCAGCCCCAGCGCUCGCACACGCCGCAGCCGCAGCCGCAGCGCCCAUGGCCUACCCGCGCCGUGGCACCCCUCGCCCUUCGUCGAGGCCAUGUACAGGCCUCCGCAGUUCCCCAACUUCCCCGCGGCACCCCCGCACGAGCGCCCUGCUGCCCCCGGGCGGGCGGCGCCUUCGGCCACGUGCCCCCGCUCAACUUCUUCUCGGGCUGCCUGGGCCGGCCCUUCCCGCCCGCGCGCCCUUCGACCUGCUGCGGCCGCAGCUGCAGGGCUUCGGCGCCAACCGCCCUACCGGACAUGCUGAGCCCGCCGGGCGCCGCGGCGGCCGCCGCCGUCGCCGCCAACGGAGCAAGCUCAAGGACCGCUACUCGUGCAAGUUCUUGCGGCAAGGUGUUCCCGCGCUCCGCGCAACCUGACGCGCCACCUUCCGCACCCACACCGGCGAGCAGCCCCUACAAGUGCAACGCCACGUCCGCAACAUCCACCAACAAGGAGAAAGCCGUUCAAGUCCCGCUGUGCGACCGCUGCUUCGGCCAGCAGACCAACCGGACGCCACCUCAAAUGAAAGCACGAAGGCGUAGACGAUGGCAGCGGGGCGGCCCGUGGCGGGACAGCCCCGGAGGCCCAGCAAACGAGAACGAAACGCGAGACGCCUUACUUCGACGAGAUCCGCUCUUUUCAUGGGAAGGGUUCGACGUAGCAGGGGCGGCGGCGGCGGCCGCGCGCUGGCGGCCGACGAACCACCUGACGCAGCUGCUACCCCGAAGCGGCGCGGGGGCGGGGCGGGGGCGGGGGCGGGCGGGCGCGCAAGCGGCGCGGCGGCGAAAACGCGCGGGCCCGCGACGAGGAUCACGGCGACGCCUCGCCGCCCGCGGCGCUGCGCUCGCCCCUGGGCUCCCCGCUCGGCGCCCUCCCCAAGGAGCCGCCGUCGCCCUCGCCCGUCGCCUACGAGGCCAAGGUGAAGGCCGAGGCGUUCAUCAAGGAGGAGCCGGCCACCAACAACAACUGCAACGAGCACGAGCCCAUCGAGGUUGCGACCUAGCGAGGGCCCCCGCGCAGCGCCCCGCUCCUCCACGCCACGCUCAGUUCCUAGCGCGCCCGCCCGCGCCAGCCCGCGCCAGCCCGCGCCAGCGCCCGCCGCCCCUCGCGGCCCCA